AUGGACAAGAUCCUGGAUGAAAGCGCGGCUCUCGACCAUGUCCUCCUCACUCAGGAUCCGGAGCAGUACGACAAACUGGCGGCGGCUCUCUCUUCCAAACUCCGAAAGAUCCCACUAGAAGAUCUAGCAGCCACGCAGGAUAUCCUUACUGCUAUUUCCCCAGCUAGCCAUACGAUACUCUACCUCUACGCCUUAUUGGCAACAAUCGAAGCCUCCUCCGCAAACGGGAGAGGUGUCCCCCGACAACUACCACCCACCGUCCUUCCCGAAGCACCGUUAUGGCCUCAUAUUGUGCAGACCCUCCUCGACUUCGAUCCUAUUCAGGUGCGAUACUGCGGCCCCCAGUUGACGCGCCUGGUGGAUUAUGUUGCCUGGGGCGCAGAACAGACCUCAAACUACAUACCCGCCAUACAGCUGCUCCAUCAUGUCAUCCUGCGGCUCGACAGCACCGCGUCCACUCUUACUUCCACCCAUCGAUCGUUCAUUCGGCUCUGUCUGCUUUCACAGGCAUACAGCGAAGCUAUUGACAUCCUGGACAGACCGAUCUAUCACAUCCCUACCACCCAAGUCGACCCGCGCACCUACAAAUACCUCUGCAGUAGCUCCGACCCGACCUGGACGUAUCUGACCUCAGCAACUGGUCUCACACAUCCUGUGUCGAGUCGCACGUAUCUCGAAUACUAUCUAUUGGGUGGGAUGUGCUACCUGGCCAUGAGACGAUACAAAGAUGCCUUGUUUUUUCUAGAAGUGGUCAUCACAGCUCCAGUGCUACAAAAUGUCGCAAGCUCAAUCAUGGUGGAAGCAUACAAGAAGUGGCUUCUCGUGGGUCUGUUGCUCAGAGGAGCAGCACCUUCAAUACCAAAAAGCGCCAGCCAAUCAGCCAUGAAGCAUAUCCGGGCUGCUGCCAAACCAUACGAGUGUGUCGCAGAUGCCUUCAAGGUCGGCAAUGCGCAGAAACUACGCGCCGAAAUCGAAGCGGGUGGCAAUAUCUGGCAAGAAGAAGGAAACUACGGUCUCAUGGUCGAAGUCUUCGAAGCGUUCCGGAAAUUCUCCGUCCUUAGACUCGGCCGAACGUAUGAUGCGUUACCCAUCAGCGAAGUGGCGAGACGAACUUCACCGGACGCCUCCAACGUGGAUGAAACGAGAGUAUAUCUCGAGACCUUGAUAGCCGGCGGCGACGUCAAAGCAGCCAUCUCGGACGCUGACGGCACCAAAGACCAGAUCCUCCGUUUUCAACCGGCAGCGACGACUUUCAAGCCUGAAACAGAAUAUGAGAGACAUUUGGCCGUGCAGACGCGAGAAUUGAAGAGUCUGCUCGGCCACAUCCAGGACACCGAACACCGGAUGGAAGUCAGCAAGGAGUACAUCGACUACCUGAAAAAGCUGAAAAAGGCGAAAGACGAGGAAAAGAAGAACCCCGUACUCGGGGCCAGCACCGCUCGCACAGCGACCGCAGCGGACGACGUUGACGAGGACAUGAUGGAGGAAUAUUAG